CGCGAUCGGUGCCAAGAACAUCAUCAUCAGGCAGCUCAACAAGCGUUGGAGCGAGAUGGAGGACGAGAACGACGCUGCCAUGGGGCGGGAUGCGGUCCAGUCCAAGAUAGACGAGGCGAGAAAGGCGAUCACGGCCUUCGAGAAGUUGCUUGCCGAUGUCGACAGAGAUUGAGAGGACGAGGACAAUCGGGUCAUCGGCCACGUCGUCUUGUCCCCUCCCAUCAGCUGCAACUUCGACGAGGAUGGCUACACCGACGAUUGGGCGGUUGUCCAGAUCCACCCCACCAAGAUCUCGAAGCUCAACUUUGUCGGUAAAGCUGUCGACCUUGGCUCCGUCGAGGUUGACGAGCUCACCGCUUGGAUGUAUCCCCACCCCGCCAACCCAAAAUUGUUUGAUUACCCUGGCGAUCGUCUCCUCAGGUGCUUCGGUAUCGUUUCGGACUAGGAGAUGUUCAAGCCUCCUCCAGGGACCAAAGACCACGACAAUGACCCCGUCAUUAUGGUCCUCAAGAACGGAAACACCUCCAACCUCACGGUUGGCUGCCUUAACACUAUUCGUUCCUUCGUCCGACACUACUUCGAGGGACAGCCCGGUGAGAUGUCGAGGGAGAUAACCGUACUGCCUCCCAACUCGAAGUCUGGCCCGUUCUCCGAGCCUGGAGCCUCAGGAUCUGUCAUCAAUGACGCCGUGGGUCGCAUCUGCGGCAUACUCACUGGCGGAGACGGAGCCACCGACGUCUCGGACUGUACCUUCGUCACGUCCAUCAAUCUCCUCGUCAAGCGCCUGCAGGCGUUCGGUAUCAAGGCCAACAUCUUCCCCUUGCCAGCCAAUCUCUGAACGCUGUGCUCUCUCCAGAUCCCCAAAUCCAGCAGUCUCUCUAUGCCGUCGUUUUCCCCCCCCCCCCUCCAUCAACAAAAGUGCAAAACUGAUAUAUAGCUAUGAAUACCUUGAUAUACCCUUAAAACCCGCCAAGGCCUCCAAUCGGGAGGGGGGGUAAUAUAUGAGUAUGUGAGGCACGAGCAAAAAAUGCAAUCCUCGU